UACCAUGAUGUUGCUGUCAACGUGUCAUAUAGUAAAAUGCUGAGUUCUAUGAGAACAUCUCGUAAAAAAAGAGUAUUCCCGGACUUUCAUUCAUACUCAGAAUUCCGUGACCUUUUAUAUUCAGAAGAUUGGCAACAACUACGGUGGUAUGAUGGUACUUCAACGGUCGAAGUCACUGUCCACAAUUCAGGUGAAGAAAACGAAUCUUUAGUAUAUUCCUCGACAAUGGAAACAUGCAAUACUUUGCCUGCUGAAGAACUACUAGUAGUAACUUCAAUUUUAGAAAAAAAGGCUUUUUUAUGCUUCUUCGCAUUAAUAAAAACGAAAGACAAUAACUGUUACCGGGAAAUAAUAAAUCAGUUAGUUACUAUUUUACCAACGCCAACAAGAAUAUUUGGUAAUUUCAAUGCUGAACUGCAUCAUCAUCUGGAGACCGUAUAUCCUAAUGCUGAAAUAAAAGGAAGCUUUUACAGCUAUUGCAAUAUCUUAUUUCAAUCGGUGACUGAUUUUGGAGUCUUCCAAAAUGAAGAUAACGAAAUCUUUGUAAGAAAACUGAUGGCUUUAGCUUUAUUGCCGGACAAUAAAAUGAACAUAGUUUACACAGCCAUUAAAAGUGCAAUCCCUGAUAACCAGAAAAAUAUUUAUCAAAAUUUUUUACUCAAUUUUGAAGAGAAGUGGUUGCGAAAUGUUGGCCCCCACCGAAUUUCAUGUUUCAAAAAUAUGCUUCAACUCAGUACCGUCCCUAGAGCUACUGCUAAUGUUUUGAUGAAUUCCAAAAUAAACAAUCAACCGGUCUGGACUAUGUUGGAGUUUAUUGGAACUAUUUUCUAUAAAAAUGAAAUUAAUAUUAAAAGCUUGCGUGAUGGUAAAAGAGCAAGUCGUAAGACGUGUUUACAAUUAGAUUAUCUAAUUUCAAAGAAUGUUAUGGAUCGAAUUGUGAAAAAUUUAAAAGGGCGACACCCGAAUUACGCGGUUUUCCUGGCUAGCGCAAGCUUCCAGCUUAAGGAUUCUUUCCAAACAUUUCGGCAUAAUUACGAGAAAAGAGUUAUUCAAAGUGACAAUUUAUUGCCGCUUAUUGGUGAUAAUCUGCCAGAUGAUAAUGUGAACGUGAUAACUUUAACUGCGCAAGAAUUAUUUUUGGAAAUCAAUCCAGAUUCAGCGCCAACUCGAAAUCAGUUAAAUAAUGAUCACGCAGCUGAACAUUUGUUAUUAAAUGCUGAACCAUUAAACAAUGAUUUUGAUAUUGGAGAUCAAGAUGCUGCUCACGAGGAAAUUCCAGAUGAUCCAUGGAAUGCCAUUGAAUUACCGUUAAUUGCCGAAGAUAUGGUUCAAGAGAUGGUGGAACCAGAAGAAACUUUUGAGGAUUUUGAGAUGCUUCUUGAGGAGUACGAGGAAGAUUUGGAUCAGUUAACAAAAAAUAACGCUGCUGUACCGCAAACAAAUGAGGUAGUCAGUAACAGCGUACUCAACAUCGAGGCUGCUGCAGACGAGUCAUUUAUUCUCGAAAGUGAAGUUCUUGGGAUAAUCAAUCCAAUUCUGAUGGAUGAUCAGAAUUGCGUAGAGUGUAAAAUUAAAACGGCAGAGUGUGUUAUGCUUCCAUGCCUUCAUUUUAAUUUAUGUUAUUCAUGUUCAUCACAAAAAGUUCAGCAGCUAUAA